AUGGAGACAACGGAUACAAAAGAGAAGGAGUUGCUAGAAGCCGCGCAUAUGGUGAAGACAACUUUGGAGAAAGUGUUGGCAGCAGAGCGUGAUGUGACUGCAUGUACUCAACAGAAUUAUAACCUCCACACCCACUUGGCAGCCCAGACAUUGGAAGUAAACAUUGUGGUUGAUAAAAAGACAAAUGUGAAAGGAGAUGUGGCAACUGAGCCACCGGUAGAAAAUGCAACAGCUGUGACAAAUGCUGAAGUUGGUAACACUGAAACUGGGAGUGAGAAAAAAACUGGUCAAACAAUAGGUACAAAGAAAAUUGAUAGCAUUGGUAUUGGGCAACCUACUGAAAACAUUUCAGGGGCAAGCAUUGAGAAACCGACAAAUAAUGCAGAAUCACAAGUAGAAAAACUGGCAGUGGAUACCACUAAAAAAUCAUCAGAGGCACCAUCUGAAAAACCAUCUGAGAAACCAUCAGUAGAAAGCACAAAGAAAUAG